GUUUAGAAAGAAGAGUUCAAACCGGGCGGAUCGUCCACAGUUCGCGCAUCAAACUCAGCGGCUACCGUCAACGCUGCUGGAGUCCGACGUUGAGGCGUGAGGUGAGCGGCCAGUCAGCCAGCCACGUGCAGCUCUCUGUUACUAUGGAUGCCUGUGCACGUAUUAGAGGAGUCCCAGUAAGGUCCAGGCCGUCAGUCCGGAAAGAGACUGUGCGUGACAGUGGGGUGCAGUGUGUGAAGAGCCUCUUUAGGAAUAAAAAGGAGCUAUGCAGCGUUGGCCUAGAGCUGCCAAGCAGAGACAUAAGACUGACAGAGAUUCAUUUUGUGUGUCUGCCUGGUCAUUGUGAAGGGGAAGAUGUCACCCAACAGGCCCUGUCAUCUCUGCCAGGAGGGCUGUGUGAGCUUCUCAGGUCCCUCCACGUUCACGGCCUCAAGAAUGACGAGGUCCUGCUGCUCAAAGACUCCCGCAGGCUGGCAGAGCACAAGGACGCUGGGCCUCAGUGUUUGUUAAAGGCCGUGUGUGUGCUGAGGCAUAAUCCCAGCACUAGUGUCUACCCUCAGGCCAGUGUAGCAUCUUUGGUGGGCUUGCUGGGGUGCUACAUGGCAGGUGUACGCUAUGCUUUGGAGCUUCAGGCUCUUCAGAGGGGCACAGCUGAGCCCAGCCAGCCAGAGGAAGAUGACACCAACCAGUCUGUCUCAUCAAUCGAGGAUGACUUUGUCACAGCCCUGGAGCAUCUGGAGGAGGAAGACACAGGAGACAGUCCGUCUGCUUCCUAUUUGCAUUUUAAAAAGCGGGAUGUGGCAUCGCAGACGGUCCCAGCCCACAAGAGAAGAAAGGAAUUAUCAGGCUCCCGUGUUAUCAUAAGCUCCUCCUCAAAGAAGUAUUCAGCUAAACAUAAAUCGGCUCCAGAUGUAUCCGUCACAGUGCAGAGGUCAUCAGGUAUUGAAUCCCAAUGGACUUACUGUAGUCCCGGAGCUCGUCUCCCCUCACCUUUGGUUCAUGUCAGUGAAUCGGAAGAGUCUGACUGCUCCAGCCCCAGCCCGAUCAUUUUUCUGGAUGAGGUGGGCUAUCAGAAGAGCAUGCUGGCCAAGCUGGACAUCCCCCAGGUGCCAGGGGGGCCUCGAGAUCGAGUUGAAGACUCAGACUCUGAAGUCAGUGAGUUCUUUGAUAGCUUUGACCAGUUUGAUGACCUAGAGGAGCUGAGCUCAGAGAGCUGCACUCUCGCACUGCCUCUGGACAACAUCAGUGACCCAACAACACAGAAAAAGUCAGCGGAGUCUAGCACCAAAUAUGUUUCUAGGGGCUGCUCAACCAAGGGUAUGAAUCCUCACCGUUUUGACCAGCCGACCCUCCCAGCCAAUGUGAAAAAACCCACUCCUCUGAAACCAGGCUCUCCCUACUCACUUCACUCUGAAGUGCCUGACUCCCCACGACCAGUGCAGACCCCCUCUGAGGAGAAUGGUGGCCCACUCUUCAGUCCUGUCAGCUCUUCUGCCUUCAGCCCUCUAGUGGACUCCAGUGGGCCACUGGAAUACUUCUGGAAGACAGAUGAGGAUGUACGGGAUGGCUCAGAGCUACGUAAACCCCAGGAUCUCUGUUCUCUGUAUAAGACUUACUCUGACUUUGCCAGCAGUCUGUCCAAAGAAAUUCUGGGAUCUGUGUGUGGCUACCAGUCUGCCAUUGACAUCAGUGACAACAAGAAUCUCAGCUGCGUCUGCCACAAGGAAUUCAAGAACCCUUCGGGCUACCUGAUGAAGCUCUCAGAAAUACAAGAGACUGUAACAGUGGCCAAGCUGCAGAGGAAGUCUCAGUCUCUGAAGGAUGGCAUUCAGAGGUUUGCCACUGACCUGGUGGAAAUGAGCUUGGGAAGCGCUUUGCGAGACCUCCAAAAAGGCGUGUCCUCCUGUACCACCACCUUGUGUCACCUAGCUGCCAGGCUCACCUCCUCAGUGUUUCAGAUGGCCUUCCAUGAGAUUGGCAUGCGCCACGCCUAUGUGUUGAAGGAACGAGCGAUCAAUGGAUUAGCCGGCUUCCUAGUCGGAGAGGCCGUGUCUGGGGCGCUGAAAGACUUCCUAACAGUGAAAAAGCAGAUUUUCCACAAUACAGUGACGCGCUUUGCUGCUGAUCUGGCUGAAGAGCUGGUGUUUGAAGGAAUUAUGGAAGUGUGUCAGUUCUCACACCCGUCAACCCCUCUCACCCCCAGUGACUGGUCAUUUGGCCACGGGCAAGAAGAAGAGGAAGAGGAGGAGGAGGUGGUUUCCUCCUAUGCGUCAGACUUGUCUGAGUCUGUUAUUCAGGAGGCCUUCAUACAGCUCUCUCAAGCUGAUGUUGCCUUCACUAGCCAAGCAGCUAUUAGUGUAUCUCUGGACAACGUCUGUUACGUCAGUGCAGAGAACACUAGCACUCACACCUGUAGUACUUUUGCAAACCAGCUUUUAAGUGCCAGCUCAGCUGCAGUGGCACCAGGGCCUUCAGCAGAGGAUGCUACCUGCACAGUGAAGAAAGCCCUGUUCACUGUAUCAGGCAUGGCCAGCUGUAUUCCGGUGCCCCAAGCAGGCCAAGCACUCUCCCAUCUUCAUGAUCCUGGGAAGACCUGUCAGUAUAAAUCUAGCGUUUCAGAUAGCCCUCAGACUAGCCCCAAAAGAGUUUCUGAAUCUUCCUCUGACACCACCACAUCCACACAAACUCACCUUUACAGUCAUGGAACUCAGACCCCCAUACGGGGAGAGCCCUCGCAAGGAAAGUCACCGUUCCAAAACUUCUCUGGGAACAUGGUGGAUAUGAUAGUAACCGAGGCUUGUGAGAUAAUAACUGCUUCUAAGAUGAAGAAAGGUUUUGGUGACUGCGCUGAUUUCCUUACAAAGACAAUCGGAAACAGAAGGGGCUCUUGUUCUAAGCAGGAGGCAGCUAAUGAUGAGGUUCCAGAUUCCUCCUCAAAGCAGGGAGCCGGCAGGGAGGGCUUCAGAUAUGACUGUAGAGACGGUAGGAAGGGCGGCCCUGUUGAGCAAGCAGCAGAGCUUAGCAUUCCUCAGAUUUCCUUUCAGACAGGCUCUCAGAGUCAGGGGAGAGCCAGCUGUGAGUUAGACCCCAGGACCAGAGGUGUGGCUGAAACACAUCCUGUGAUGAUGGAUACUCUUGAUGUGCCGGGGACCGAGAUGGGUGAACAAAGGAGGACAUCUGAUGACUCGGCUCCAAGCUCCGGACAAAAAUCAGGUGGGACUCCUGGCACUCCGCCUUCUACACCUCAGCAGCCCAGUGAGGUGUCCAAGGAGAAGCAGAUAAAACAGUUCUCCAAGAAGUUGAAAAGUAAGCUGGCCAAGGAAUUUUCCCCUGCCACCCCCCCACCCACCCCUCACUAUCAGCCUGAGCCUGGCCCAGGGCCAAAAGACAUCACCCCUGAGGCAGACAAGGCUGAGUUUAUGCUCAAACUGAUGAGGUCUCUCUCUGAGGAGGCAGAUGGCAAUGAGGAGGAAGAGGAGGAAGAGUUGGCAGAAGAGGAGGGUGUUGGUGGCACUGACAGAUGUUUAGAGACAGUGGGUGGCCGUCAUGAACUGAACCAGAUGUCUGCUCGCCGAAUUUCCAACAAGGAAGCUCUUCACUAUGCUGAGCGGCUGGCUUGUCACAUUGUCUCCAUGGCAACAGAGAUGGACACCCUGGGCGUGGCAGAGGAGGAGGGGGAGAUGAACAAAGGCGGCGAGAGAAGGAGAGACAGCGUGGCUCAGUUCUCAGAGCAGACGCUGAACACCUUGUGGGUGUAUGCCGGGGAGGUGGCGGGAGAGGUCAUCAAUGAUGUGAAGAGGAUGGUGAGCUCUGCACAGCAGUGUCCAUAUCACAGAGCGCUCAGAAGAAGAAGCUUUGACCGAUCUAGCUCUGAAUGUCAACACCAGUCUCAACCCAGUACAGAAAAGAACUGGAGAGCAGGGAGGAUGGCUGAGCAGUGGUCUAAUGACCUCAUAGCCUCUGUUUUCCGGUCCCCCACCUCCACCACAAGCACCAUCUCCACCUCGAGUUCUGGCCUGUCCUCGGAGUAUCCCAGCUGUGAGAGUGUGACAGAUGAAUAUGCUGGCUACCUUAUCAGGGUGCUGAAAAAGGAGGGAGGCAGUAGGGAGUUGGUUCUAGACCAGUAUGCAAGCCGUUUGGCCUAUCGCUCCAUAAAACUUGGCUUGGCUCAUGCCAGUCGCAAAAUCAAGCACAGAUCCUCUAGCACCCGCCUCCAGUCCUCUAAGUCGCUGCCAGAUGAAUGGAAAACUCCUGGUAGUGAGGCCUCGUCACCCAAGGACGGAGGAGAGUCAGUGGUUUGUCCCUCAGGUGAGGAUGCUCUGUGUUGUUGCGGGGACUCUGACGAACAGAGUCAGAGGGAGUACGUGGAUCUGGUCAACUUUGCAGAGUCUUUAGCUUACAACAUCACCUGUGAUGUCACACGCAAGCUGCAUCUUUCCUCCGUACGGCUGCCGAAGUCUCUCACAGACUCCUGUCUUUAUAAGAAAUCCAAACUUGAAGACAUGGCGGAGAAUCUCCUCAGAAACUCUUUCUCCUGCCCCCUGUUGUCCAAGGAGAGCAAGAGCAGGCAUUACCACAGUACAGGGAGCCUGUAUGAUGGAGGCUACAGGAGUAGGGUGAUGCAGGUCAUAGAGCAUUACGCACGGAAAAUAGUUGAUGACACUCUGAAGAUUAGCCUGGCUUCAAUUGGACAUUCAUGGGAGCACCAGAGGACCCAAGGCCAUGACAGAAACUCUCACACCCAGAGGCUAUCCGAGGGGGUCUCACUGGGCCAAGCCAUGGGGGAGAGGACAUGCCGUUAUUGUCAGGUGCAGGAGUGCCCAUACUGCACCAAGCUUAGCAGGCACCAUCAGCCUGUAUUACAGAGGAGGAAACGAGGGCCAGAAUAUCAGGCAAGGCCCGAGCGGCUCUCUAGUCUGGAGAUUCCCAAGAUCCACAUUGACCUGGACCACAGGGCAGUGUUUGCAGAGGAGAUGGUGUCCAUAGCGAUGGAGACAGCUAAACGUGAGCUGAGUAACACCAGCCUUAAUGCUGACAGCGGCAUCGGCCACGAUGGAACCAGCUAUGCCGAGAGUCUAACUGCUGAGAUCAUGACGUCAGCCCUGUCCAACAUCUGCCAUGCUGCCAACAUCAGCUUUCCAGGAAGGGAAGCCACUGAGUCCUCUGUGUCCCAGCAGCUGAGUGUAGGAGAUGACAGUCUGGGCAGCUGGUCUAACCUGAGCUUUGAGGACGAGCACCCAGAUGACAACAGCAGCUUCCUCCACCUCAGUGACAGCAGCAAUGGGAACAGCAGUAGCUGGAGCAGUCUGGGCCUGGAGGGGGAGGCGUGUGAGGAACGCAUGUCAUUCUCUCCCUCUGACAGUGACAAUACAGAGGACAAGGAGACUGAGGUCAAAGAGGAAUCCAGUGGGACACUCUGUGUGGACAGGACGCAGGUGCAGUCUCCCAGGACUGCACUGGUCGUAGUGAACUCGGAUGUCAGGGAGUUCAGUCGUGGCCCUCAGCACGUGACCCUCGACCCUCAGCUCAGGAGCAUGCUGCAGUGGGUUGCGGCCUCCAUGGCCGACAUCCCUCAGAUCCAACUGAGUCCUGACAGAGAGCUCCAGCAGCUCCCAGCAGUGGUCCAAAGGCUUCGGGAGAGGAAGUGGAGGGUGGGAGAACUGCUUCACACACUGCUGCGCUACUGCGAAGAGAGUCAGACACACAGUCAGUCCCAGGCGAGAGAACCUCACCGCAUCUCCCUCUUCCAGUGGCUUCUGGAGCACGCCUAGGGCCUCACCUCUCCUCUCCUGAUCUAAGUUACUCUAAGCGGGGUGUGUUUUUGCAUUGCAUGCUGAGACCAAGAGUGCUUCUAUUGUAUUUUAUUUUUCUUUCCACCUUUUUUUGUUGUCGCCGUUUAUUUAUUUUUUUCGGGCUGCGUUUAUCUCAUGUAUUGAUUUAGUGAGCUGUCUCUCUCGCCCACACACACGUCUGAAUUGAAGCCCUCACACCUUGCUGCCCGUGUGCUUGAGCUACAGAAAGAAAAGGAGAGAAGAGAUGAGAGCAAGGGACCCGUCCCAUCUGUUUCAGACAGAGACAGAAGUGCAGUGAGUUGAGAGAGAGAGAGAGGAUGUGUUUUUUGUUAGGGAAUCCCCAUAGCUGCUAGGCAGAUGAUGUCAUCACACCCACAGCUCACCUCUGUGGCUUUUCUACAUAAUAAGAGACCAACUCUGCGUACACGCACACACACCCCAUGGCAAACCACACCCUUGUAUUAUUGGAGGGGAUCCGAUCCGAGCUCUGAUUCUCAUGAACAUCUAACAAAAUUAUUUUCCCAUAGUAUUCCUUUAUUGUAUUAAUCAGAAUGGUGGUGCUUGUUGUUCACACUUGCUCCAGUGACGUUUUUCUCUGGAGCACUGAAUGAGUUGGUGUAAUGACUCCUCACAUUUAACUGAUAUGCUGCCAUACGUACAGAUCUACAAGACACUGUUAAAUUGUUAAACCUAUAUCUUUAGUAAACUGUACUACAGCGUCAUUUUGCAUUUAUCAAAUGGGCCAUUCAUUUGGCAGUAGAAUGAUAGAGUAAAACAGUGCUUGAUUGAGUUGCCUCUUGCCAGUAUUGGUAUACCUGUUUUAUCUAAUACUGUAACACUGCUCCUUCGUUGUCAAACUUAGUAAAAUGCUAAAAGUAGAUCAUGUUUACUAGGGCGGUCGGUAUUUUAAAAAAAAAAAAAAAAAGUAUAUUUUUUUGACAGUAGAAUAUGUCUAAUCAAACAUGAAAUGCUGCUCAAAGCUAUGAAAGAAGCCAUGAUAUUGGCUUAAUGUUGCCAAAUGUAGCAUACAAGGUGACUCUGCUCCCCUCCAGUCAGAAGGUGUAUGACCCUCCUGUCAGUGGCCCACCUCCAGUUUGGGGAAGAUCCAGUGACGCAGAUAGCGGAUCUUUCAGUAAUUAAAGACACCACUCUGGUCUGCACCUCCAAAACCACAAACUAACAGCAUGCGCAUUGCUCAACCCUGGACUCACAUAUUUUGUCACCCACACUCCUCAGUCACCUUGUGGAAUGAACAACUUCCUCACAGCCCCCCCCCAGCACACACCCUUGUUACUCACCAGCCCCCGUGUGAGCGUCCACACACACAGCACUACCAGCUACUUGCUGAGAUGCACUUUUUUAUUUGGCCAAGGAGAGAUGAGCAAUUCCAGCCGUGCCCUCAGACCUCUCCUGGCUUCCUCUGUGAAUUUUCUCCAAGAAUGGAUGGUCUGCUCUGCAGCCAGUUGACGUACAUGCACAGUACCACCCCUCUCCCCCAAAGAAUGAUUAUUGGGACACAUGUUGAUGUUGCUAUUUAUUUGUUGCUUUGUUAAAUGAGGGACCUAAGGAUGACGUGACGCUGCGAGGUCCUCAAAUAAAUAUCAGGACUUUGCUUCUUGAGUUUGAAACACUGUAAUAUACUACAGCCUUGCAUCUAUUAUUAUAAACUAAGUGUUGGUGGUGGUGUUCACCUGCAUGGCUUAAUCUUUAUUGACUUUUAAAGCUCAACAUUCUUCUUCCUAAUGUAUUGGCCUACACUAAUUGAGCUGCAGUGAUUCAUCUGUGUCAACGCUGCCUCACAGUACACUACGGGCCUCUGCAGAUGCCUUGUUUAUUAGUGCUUAAUCUCUAGGCUGCCAAAUGGUCAUAUAAUCUUAAAGGUGUUUGUCCUGUAUGAUUUUGUUUACAUGCAAAAAUUAAUAUAUCACAAACUCCACUAUAAAAACAGUGAUGCUCUACUUACUAUUCAAGAUAGGAGAGAGAGGACACAGUGAAGUAUUAAGCUGAGAAGCGAGAGAGUGCUUAUAUCUUGGUUUACAUUAAAGGAAUGUAUUAAGAGUCAUGGACACAUGAAGAAAGCAUCACUGUACAAAUUCUCUCUCCAUGUGAAUGUUUAGUUGUUGAAGUAGGACUUUCCCAGGUUUUUUUCUCCAUUGCCCAGCCCUGACUCCUAUAUUCUUAUUAUUUUUUUAAUCUACUUUACAUUCCUUGCAUCCCAAAUAACCAAUAUCGCUAUAAUGUUGUGUUUGUCAAAGCUGAAUGUGAACCUGCAAAGACUCAACUCCAUUUAGAAGCAGAUGCUGUACAUCUGUUUUUCUACUGUUGUCCCCAGUGUUACUUUCUGCCUCUCUCUGAACACAGACAGGAAAAUUAAAAGAUAAAAAAGAGAGAGAGAGAGAGAGCUGUACCUCACCCUGACUAACUUAUGUCCUUUUUCUGCUUCCUUGUAAAAUCCUGCCAAAUAAAGAUAUUUAAUAAAUUAUGUAAGUUACUUGUUCUCCCUAGUGGCAUUGCUGAGUAGUUUACACAUUCUAAGGUUGAAGUCAAAAACUCUAAAUUUGUUUAUGUAAAAGCUUGGUGUGAUAAUAAAGCUUUUUCAUGUGCUCUUA